AUGCGCAUGCUACUCGCUAUUUUAGUCCUAGCCUGCUCAAUGUUGUCCGUCCUAGCCUGCUAUGGAAAUGGCUGCGGUGGUCAGUACAAUUUCCACACUUGCAGCCAGGCAAUUUGCCACAAUGGAAAGUAUGUAGGUUAUGGAUGUCGACAUGGUGUCUGUCCCUUUGUCUGUCAUGGUGCUGGAUGCCAAAAUGCUCGAAUCUCCUUCAAUAGUAUGAAUCCUUCUCAAUUGAGAAACAGUGCCCUAUAUGGAAAUUGGGGAACUGGAGCCUACGGAUAUCGUGGAUGUUUUGGAGGUAACUGUGGCUUCUGGGGAGGCUGUAUGAACGGUCAAUGUGGGGGAUUCUACGACUUUAGACGGUGCAAUGCACACUCAUGCUUGAGUGGUCCUUACCACGGAUAUGGCUGCAACGGAGGUGUGUGCAGAUACAUUUGUUUUGGAGGAAUGUGUCAUACCCCCUAUGCCUAUGGUCUUGGAUGUUAUGGACCAUCUUGCGAUGGAUACUACCAAUUCCCCAAGCUGAAUUGUGAAGGCCCAGAGUGCUAUGGCUAUGAUGAGGAAGGAAGAGAGGAAGAAGGAUACCAGGAUGAGGAGAAGGAAGAGUCAAAGAAUAAAAAUAGUUCCACCAAAGUUGAAAAUUAUUGA